CCAAACCCUAAUCUCAUAACCGCCAUUGUUGGGCGGAGAAGAGCGAUCGAGAAGGAGCGAUCGAGUUGGGGCUUUGCGGGGCGGCGGCGGCGCGGCGAUCUUUCUCUCCCCGUCCAUGGCAGGCGUCGCGACUCCCAACCACGCCCUCCUCUUCAUUGCUGGCGGCGCCUACCUCUCGAGUAAGCAAUCCUCCACAGAUCUCUUUCCCCGGCGCAUCGAUCAGAAUUUCGCGGAGCCGAGAGGUUUUAGCAGGGUUUAUGUGACAAGGAAUCCACGCCGGCCGCUGGCGCUGUCGGCAUCGAUCCAGCGCGCCCCCAUUCGCGGGCCGAGCUUGAGCGUGGCGGUCAAGAAGCGGCGAGAAUUGGGCCAAGCCCGAGCUUUCUGGAGCGAUGCUUUUGAGGGCUACUUGGGCGAGGAGAACGAGCUCCCCCAGGACCCUUGGAACCGGCUCACGAGGUUCUUGCGGAGGAGCGUCUCGGGUGUUGGAAAGGGGCGGUCCGGGACUUUCUUGGAGCAAGUUUUUCUUUACGCUGUCUAUGCCGCGGUGAGCUGCUUGGUCCAGCUUAUAGGCCUGCGGUACAUGGAUCCACACAGGAUCGACACGAAGAAGGCCACCGCCUGUAAGAAGGAGUUGUCCAAGCGCUUGGGACGUGAUCUCAAGCAAACCAACAUGUACGAGGAUAUUAUUGCUGGGAACGUCGUGAAUCCGCAGGGGAUUGACGUGACUUUUUCGUCCAUCGGUGGAUUGGAAGAUGUGAAAGACUCUUUGUAUGAGCUCGCGAUUCUUCCUCUGCAACGCCCGGAGCUCUUCUCGCAGGGAAAGCUGCUGAGACCCCAGAAAGGAGUGCUUCUUUAUGGACCACCGGGGACUGGGAAGACUCUUCUUGCGAAAGCACUCGCCAAGGAGGCGCGAGCGGUGUUUAUAAACGUCCAGAUCGCGAGUCUGAUGAGCAAAUGGUUGGGCGAUGCACAGAAGCUCGUGACUGCUGUAUUUACCUUGGCUCACAAGCUCCAGCCUUCUAUCAUCUUCAUCGAUGAAGUGGACAGCUUCUUGGGACGUCGAGGAGUUACCAGUCACGAAGUCAUGACUCAAAUGAAGACUGAGUUUAUGGCUCUAUGGGAUGGCUUGACCACUGAUCAGAAUGCAAGGGUGCUUGUCUUGGCUGCCACGAACAGGCCAUGGGAGCUGGACGAAGCCAUCCUCCGCCGUCUUCCUCGAGCUUUCGAGAUUGGUAUGCCGGACGUGAAGCAGCGAGCGAGCAUUCUCCAAGUUUUGCUCAAGGAAGAGCGAGUGGAGGACGACCUCGACAUCGACUACUUGGCGAGCUUGUGUGACGGCUGCAGUGGAUCCGACUUGACCGAGCUUUGCAAGCAGGCUGCCUAUCUUCCUAUCCGGGAUCUCCUCGAGCAGGAAAAGCACGGGUUGUCAUCUGGAAAGGUUGCAAGAAAGCUCAAGCAGAGUGACUUCGAGUCCGUUCUCAUGAACAAUCGCUCGUCCAAAGCGGCGGCAUUCGAGUACCAAAGCAAGAAGCAUUACGAUAAGAACAAUCGAGACAACAUCCCAGUCUUCACCACCAGCGAUUUUCCGUUCGCUUGCAACUAAGAAAAAGAAAACGAGGAAGGUACUCUCGAUUACGAAGGAUUCUUUGCGUGUAAUAGAUGGUUGCUAGACAAGAACUAUGGCUCCACAGGAUUAUUUCUUCACAGGGAAACUUUAAUAGAUGCUUGAGUUUUAAUCGGAAA